AGACUCACCGCUCAUUAAACGGUAAGCCGGGUUCUUUUCAAAACUCAGUCAGCUUAGACUUUCCCUCCAUUGCACACGCGUACAUAGACACACACCCAUACACGCUUCGUCUAAAACCCAAAGGAGAAGUGGACAGGGGCACCAGUCUUCAGUCGCUGUGGUUGGCUAUGGCUCAGGGCUCUGACAGCAACGACACAAGUUACAAGUCCCCAUCACCUGGAAGCAGACCGAGCUCCUCAGACGAUGCAAAGAAGGUGAUGAGGAGAGAGAAGAACCGGAUUGCAGCCCAGAAGAGCCGGAUGAGGCAAACUCAGAAAGCUGACAGCCUUCACUUGGAGAGUGAGAACCUGGAGAAGGAGAAUGCCGCCCUGAGGAAGGAGGUCAAGCAGCUCACAGAGGAGGCCAAUUACCUGUCAUCAGUGCUGAGCAGCCAUGAGCCCCUAUGCACCGGGCUGGCUCCUCAGACCCCAGACCUCCUCUACCCUCCUCAUCAGAGCAGCUACCACCGCCAGCACAUCGCAGUACCACACUACCAGCGCUGAUCUGCUCCAAGCCAGCGGCGAAAACAGAUGACGGACCUCAACGGACAGAGACUGACAGGAGAUAUGUGUCAGUAAGGCGAGAAUAGGCAAGAUAGGCUAACAUGUCCAUCAAACAAUGAGCCCAACCUGUUACCAACAGUAUUCAAGACCUAUUUAUUUUGCUUCUCCGUGUCUCUUUGCUUUCUUGUUUGUGAAUCUUAUAUGUGAAUUUAAAUGGCUUGGUAAGUAGAAUUAUCAAAUAGUCUAUGUUUACAAUGAGGGAGGAAAAAAUAUAUUGUGCUCACAUUUUUAAAUGCUUAUUUUUAGUGUUUUGGAGCACCUUUUGUCAUCUCAGGUCUUGUGUUCUUUGUGUUUGUAGGGUUUUUUUGUGUUUGUGUGUAAAAAAAUGCUCAGGAGCUUUGACAGUGUUGAUUGUGGACAAAGAGAAUGUAAUUGUAAAAAAAAAAAAAAGAAACUGGAAAUUGAAGGAUGGGGUAUAGUGAGACGACCCAGUGGAUGUAUUUAUUAAAUUUGAUGCUUUUUCUUUUUCUGAAACAUCAUCUGUAAACCUUCAAGGUUCAUCUUAUUCUUUUGUUUGCAAGGACAGCUGGGUGUGUAAAGUCUGCACAGGUGCUGAUAAGAAGAACAUGUGACAGACGUGGUAUUUCUCUGCUCAGGCCUCUGGGUGGCACUGUUUAACAGAGUGAGAGAUUAAAUUACAGUAGCUUAUAUUUAUAAAGCAUAAAAUAAAUCAUUUCAAGGACUGCUCUGUGUGCGGAUAAGGAUUGAUUUUAGCCCUUGGGCUCCACUGUCACCGUUUGCUUGUGCUCAACCUCCGGUGGUCCGAAUGAAACCACCUAUUAUCUGCAGUGUAUUAAAGCAGGAAGUACAUGUAA